AUGUCAGUGCUACAGUUUGUGUUUCUGUUAAUCCUGGCGACCAGCAGAAGUGAUUUUGUGGAGUCUGAGGCUGAUCCUGCAGAUCUAGAUGCUUCCGGACCGGAACCCAUCGACGGGCGUUCGUUCUUCUUUCUGGGAACCCUGUUCCGUCGCUGGCGCAAUCGUUGGAUGGCCUAUCACCAUCCGGAUCCGCUGUUUGCCGGUCCCGCCUAUCCCAUAUCCGGGUAUUACAAUUGUCCCAUCUAUGGUUGCAACCCGGCGGCCAUUGGUCCGCAGCCUGGCUUCUAUACCGCUCCCGGUGGAUUCUACACCACGCUGAAUCAGCAGCAGGCUCAAGGAAACAGCAACGUGUAUAUUUACCAGAGCGAUCAGAACUCGCUCAGCGGGAAUCCCUUGGGUUAUGGAUACUUUGGCGGUGGAUUGCCACCACGACCGGGAGCGCCCUUGCCUCCGCCUCCUUCUCCUAUCUUGCCGCCUUCGACUAUGGGCGUGACAUCGGCCAGUGCCGGUGGGUAUAACCUCGGACCUUCAGCGGGAACAGGACAACGUCCAGUACCUUUACCAAUACCGCUACCAGCUAGGAUGAACCGGAAAACAAGGAGCCUGAGGAAACGCUCGCCUAAGUAA